GUCGGGAGGGCCUCCUUCCUGACUGCCGUUGCAUUGCAAGGUUUGUGCCCCUUUAGCAACGAUGCUUCAAGGCCUUCGAGUAACAGACCUACAUUGCAAGGUCUGUACCCCUUUAGUAAUGAUGUUUCCAUGCCUUCGAGUAAUAGCACCGUGUUGCAAGGUCUGUACCCCUUUAGCAACGGUGCUUCCUUCCUUCCCGUUACAAGUGUUGCCGGGAGGGCCUCCUUCCUGGCUACUGCUGCGUUGCAAGGUUUGUACCCCUUUAGCAACGAUGCUUCCAUGCCUUCGAGUAAUAGCUCUACGUCACAAUGUAUGUGCCCCUUUGUCAACAACGCUUCAUCAUGGUACCAGUGCAUGGUUCUGGGACGUGGAGGUCGGCCACAUAUGGCUCUCCCCCGACGACCUUUCUCCUCAGCUCGUGUAGCCUUAGCCUCAGAUCUUUCACCGCAUCAGGGGCUAGUUCUACUCGUGUGCGCCCAACGCGGAGCUGAACUUGAGUAGAAGACUCUGCAACCCUCUCACGUACGUGAGGUCAAGAUUUAGCAUGACGUCCGUCUGGGAAGGUUGUCCGCCUGCCCAGUCGACGGAAGUGAUAAGAUGAGUCGUCCUUCCUUGCUACCAUGGCUACCCAACUUGUCGGGACACAUACUCCCUUCGAGAUCCAUUUAUGCUGGCACAUGUUUGCUGAUACAUCUCCUGGGGUGUCAGCUGUCUACCCGGUUGACGGGAGUGAUGAGAUGAAUCAAUCCCUCCUUCUCGGAACGAGUGUUCCCGGGAAGGCCUCCUUCCUUACUGUCGUGGCUAACUUGCUGGGACACAUACUCUAUUCGGGAUCCGCCCGUGCUGGUACGUCUGUGCUGGUCUGUGCUGGUACGUCUGUGCUGGUACGUCCCUUCAGGGCCCAUCUUUGCUGGUACGUCUGUGCUGAUACGUCUCCCGGGGUAGCCAGCCCUCCUACCUGGUCGACGAGGGUGAUGAAAUGACUCAUUCCCUCCUUCCUGGGACGAGUGUUGCCAGGAAGGCCUCCUUCUUGGCUGCUCAACUUGCCGAGACACGUACUCCCUUCGGGAUCAAUCAUGCAUUAAGCGUACGAGCAUGGUUUAUGGGCACCGAGUAUACAGGCGUCUGGGAUGAUAGAUCCGAGCGUGCACGACCUUGCGAUGGUGCUCCGCAACCCGACCAGUUGGCACAGGUAAUCAACCUGCAAUUUCAGAAAAUUUUAAUAGAAGUUUCAUUUUUUUUAAUUUGUGAUGUAUCACAAUUGAUGAUUGUCCUUUGCUUGGGUCAAAAUUAAGAGUCAUGCUUGGAGAAAAGGAAGCCCCGCUCUCGGUAGGCAGUCAUCCCCUCAAACUAGCGUUAAUGCUAGAGACAAGAUAGAUUCCCAUAUGCCAGCCAUAGCCUUGGAUUUGCUCUCCAUGAACCUCAAGCCUCCAUCGCACCUUCGGUUUAGAAAUCAAUAUGCAGAGAGGUUUGCCUUUUUGACCUUUCGCACCUCAAACAUGCAGUUGCUGCUUCAAAUUGUCGGCCAAUAGGGGAGAGACCAAUGUAGAAACCGGUGAUGCAGCGACGGGGUGUAGGAGCCGAGGAAGCCGCAAGCGAUGACCAUGAGCAAUAGCUACAGCGAGCGUCGUGGCGAUGGCCAACAGAGGCCCCAACACUGACUUAUCCUGCUUUGUUGACGACGAUGGCAACAACCUGAAACGGCGGCUGGUGAGACCUAGGGCUGCGACGACGAGACCUGGAAUGAUGUCGUACAGUGGCGGAAUGGAGGGCUCUAGUGGCUCCGGUUUUCCAAGCUUGGAUUCCCGAUCUCAGCGGUGUGGCUAUACGUUCGGCUGGGUCUGGAACUUCCAGAUCUCCGACUCCAAAUUUGGAUCAAGUGGAUUUUCAAGAACUAAUUUUCAGUAUUUUAAUUGUGAUAGUGAUGAAUUUGUGAUUUUUUCGAAGCAAUCUAAGUGAUCGCUGCUAGAAUCUCUCCAAUUUUCUACCGACAAAGAGAGAAGACUCUCAAUGAAAGCACCAAUGUUAGAAGAAAAUAUCCCGGGUAGAGAAACUAGCAGCAUUUCAGUAUAGUAAAAUAGCGUUCCCAAUACAUGGGGGGUUGAUAGCCUAUUUAUAGGCAUCCAUCAUAAGUCCAAAGUCUAAUCUACGUGGGCUUGGCCCAUGUUAAUAAUACAUCUCCAAGCUAAUGGGCGAACCGGUCCGAUAAAUAAGUAAAUGAGCAAGGGCGACUCCCGCUCGUGAGACUGCGUCUUGGGCCUAGUUGGGCCUAAGCUCGGAGAUAACGGGCCGAUGGCACUGGGCCUGGCCCAUUAUCCCAACUGAUACAUAUUGUUUCAAUCAACUUACUAUCCUAUUAUGUAUAUAAACUUCAAAUAUAAAUUAAAAUGC